UUUGGCUCUCCGCUGACAGGGGCAGGCGAGCGGGAAAGAGGGCGCCGGCCGUGCCUGGCCCCAGCGCUUCUACCCUCGCCUUCCUCGGGCCGCCCGGCUCGGCUCCUCGCGCCUCGCCAUGUCGGACACGCGUGGCGGCAGUGACAGCCGUCCCGACGAGACCGGCGUCGAGAAACAGGAUACGCAGGAGAAGGAAACGGGCAUCCCUGAGAAAGAAGAGGAGGCCAAAUUAAAAGCCAAAUAUCCCAACAUAGGACUUCAGAAGCCGGGGGGUUCUGACUUCUUAAUGAAGAGGCUGCAGAAAGGGCAAAAGUACUUCGACUCUGGAGAUUACAACAUGGCCAAAGCCAAAAUCAAGAACAAGCAGCUGCCAACGGCGGGUACCGACAAGAACCUGGUGACCGGCGACCACAUCCCCACCCCCCAGGAUCUGCCCCAGAGAAAAUCGUCCCUCGUCACCAGCAAGCUGGCAGGGUAACCUGCUCUCCUGAUGGAAUUUCUCUCUUUCUCUCUCUCUCUCUCUCUCCCUCUCUCUAGAUCUCUUUCUCUAUUUUUUUUUCCCCAUUUGGGGGUUUGGGGAAUUGGGUUGCGUUUCCCCUCCACCCCACCCCAGUUGUCAGACUGAACUGAACUCUGCUGUACCCUAGAGCUGGGACCCACAGAACCUACACUGUGGCGGAUCUCUUUGUAGUAAUCAAAGCCAGAAGCCGAGACAUGGACUUGUGUGCCGUUCUGGUGUGUGUUUUCUCGCCACUGUGGGCGGGCAGGCUGUGCAGCAUGGAUUCUCGGGGGGUGGGUGGGGGUGGGGCCCUGAAACUCGCUUUGCUUUAGAUCGCCAACGCUCUGUCCUGUCCAUUAAUCCUUCAUCGCCAGCUUGGAGGGGCCAGGAAGGCUGCCAAGAAAAGCCCGAAAGAGGGCAGGUGCAGAGUUAAAGCAGCCGUGUCUUUACACUUCCGGGAAACUGCUCCAUACAUUUAGGACAACGAGACCCAUGUACAGCGACAACCACGUGCAGCGAUCCGAAACGCCCAUAAGCCUCCUCAUCUCGAGGGAAGAAGGCUUUGCAGGCAGAACCUCAACAAUUCUCGUGUUUUUACUUCUAGAAAGCUGGUUGAGGGAGAGUUGGGCUCUUUAAAGGUCUUGGAGAAGCCCUUUUGCAAGGCUUGGAGCUUAGGGGCAAAAAGUUUUCCAAACUUAGGUUUUCCCGGGGAAUCUUGUCCGAUGCCGACUGUCCAACCUCCCCUGUAUCUGCAGAGGCUCUGAACCCCCCCCCACCCCCCACCCCCGGCUGAUAGGAACCAGGCAGUGAGUCAGAGAAGACGUCCCAUACCUCAAGUCGAGGCACCCAGGCGGAUUGAAGGGUUUCCCCUUCCUCUCUGCUGUUUGCAGAUUGGCGUAAAAUCCUCUUAGGCGGGAAAAAGAGUUCUUAUGGGAUUGUCUUGGGAAUGGAUCAUGCGUUUGUCUGGCGUUGGCCAGGAGCUGGGUGGGCCCUGCUCACGCUUCCCUGCCAACGGCUGAGCCCAGCACUGCGGUAUUGGCCAAGGCGGGGCUGGUCUUGUCUCAAGGAUGGACGCCUGGCCCACGCCCCUCUCGAAAACUCAGCCCUUGGGGGUCUUAGAGGCAGGGGAUGGCCAGUGGAUGAGGGGUCAAGGCAGGAAGCGUCUGACGGCCCUGAAUUCUGAAUUGAAGGUGCUGGGGAUGACCGGCUGUUCGGCCUAGUGAAACGUCCCGCCUUAAUUCACGAUGGGGCAACCUCCUUUUCCCGUCUUAGAAAGAAGAGUAUUCUAAGCAAGGCUGUCCAACUCCAGCCACUUAAAGGCGUGUGGACUUCAACUCCCAGAAUUCCCUAGCCAGCUGCAGAAUUCUGGGAGUUGAAGUCCACACACAUCUUAAAAGUGGCCAAGGUUGGACAUCCCUAAUUUAAGGAUGAUUCCAACAGAUGAUUAUUCUAAUUCCCUUUGAUCAAUAGAAUAAGUAGAGAAACUUAACAACUUUGAAUUGGGAGCUGUCCAGAGUUAUUAAGAUAGGCAGCUCCAGAAACCGAAGGAACGAAUGAAUCAAUCGAUCGAUAAAACGUUAAGUAGGAUCCUCUUGGCAGCCCAAGGAAAGCAGGGUCCACCCUUUGAAAUGCUGGGAGCUCUCUCGAGGGGGCUCUCCCAAGAGCCCACCACCCUUCCCACUCUGUCCUCCGUCUGUGUUCUUCGCUUUGCUUCCGAAAGAGAACAAAACCCUGGAUUUUUGAAUUGAGUGUGUCCCCUCUCUGCAGCAGCACUUGGUGGGUCCCAACAUCUUGACACGGGAGGGUGCCCCCCCCCUGACCAGCCCCCCCCUUUCCUGCUGAGCGGUUCAUGGAGCCCCAGGAGACACGUCCGUGGGUGCAUCGGCCCAGCUGCUGCCUGGUGGAAUGUCCUCCAUCAUCCUGGCUUUACUAGAUGGCUUAGUAUUGGCCAGAAGUAGAGUCUGUUGUUUCCCCCUAUUUAUCCUGUGGUGCUUCGAGACCCCUGAAGCCGUAGAGCAUCGCCCACCGAGCCUGCCCUCUGUCCCAGCCAUACUGUAAAUAGACCCGAGUCAUAUAUAUAUAAAUAUAUAUAUAUAUAAAUAUAUAUAUAUAUAUAUAAUUUUUUUACAUUGUCUUCAUCCUUAUCUUCUGGUGCUUGCUUUUUUCUAAAAAAAAAAAAAAAAGGAAAAAAAAUACCCCCCCAAGUAUGAACGUUCUCUCUCUCUCUCUCUCUUUCUCUCUCUCCAAACUUCCAAAUCACGGGUGCCCCCCACUGCUCUCCUCUUUGUCCUUCCCGCAGACCGGCUGGGUGCUUCAAAGCUGCUUCUAAAAAUAAAAAAAAUGGGGGGGGGAAUUGUGUUCUCUGGCUUUUGGCGACCAGCAAUUCCGGGGGGUGGGCUGCGACAAAGAAAGGGAAAAGAGCCAGGUGUGAACAUUGGAGUGACAAACCUUUUAACAAUAAAGUAACCCUUGUUUCA